UAGAAUGAACCGACUGACCUGGCAUAUCUUGAUCACACCCGAUAUGAACAUGUUUAGAAUUCUAGAAUGAUAGAAACUAAGAUUGGAUCUGCAACCACUUAACCAGAAUCUCCGAUUUCUCCUCAUUUGCACACUUUAAAAUAGAUCAACUAAUGCGGGUCCGAUCCUUCAAUUGCCGCUGAUACGACAACCCGAGCGCUUGCAGCUCCGAAACCGAGCAUCGACAGCCAAUGAAUCUGCAAUUGCGCCGAAAUCCUUCUAUUUUUGGGGUUAUUGCUUUUGUUACAGACUGGUGCUUGCUGGAUACACUGCAUAUUGUCCCGCUGGCUAGCCGCGACUCAAGGCUGGAGCAGAUGCUCUGACCAGAACUUAAAAUGAUCUCAAACAAGCCAUCUUGAAACGAGGCUGGAGGUGAACUUGAGUUCUUAAUGGGGGGAUGUAUCCGCUCUUCUUGAACUGAACUGAACUGAGGGGGAAACUCAACCGUUUUCUCUCGACCAGCGAUCCCUUCUUUCUUACCCCGCAAGCUUGCAAUAUGUUUCUCCCUCUUUGCCGAAGGUCACUGGUGCCUCGAUCAAGUGACCCAGCCACCGAUCAGAUUAUUAUAGGGGUUGUUUUGGGUUGUGUCGCUGCUAUUGCAGUCACUGCGGGGAUCUUGUUCAUUCUCUUCAAGAAACGGAGAUGGGAUCGCAUCCGACAAUAUGAGGAGGACAUGCUGGUCAUGCAUGCACCGCUGGGCUGUAAUCCCCAGGAAUAUCCCUCUAUCAGCCAGGGAAUGGAACGGCCACGACCCUACUCGUCAAUGUAUUCCUAUAGUCGACCACAAGAGCAAAACCAUACCCACCCUCGUGGCAGACUGUCCGGGGACACCCCGCCACCAGCAUAUACCACUAUACCUGCCUAUGACCCCUCGAAGUACCAGGCCAUUAGUCAACUGCCACCAUCAGUUAAAAUAAAUCGACCGACCCAGGUGGACCCGGUCGGUAUGAUUGAGGAAAGGCCAUUCUCUUUUAUUCGAGGCGUCGAGCAGCAGUACACAGGCCCAAUGGAGACACAGAGAAGUUCGUCUCAAGCAGAGCAGCGGGGGCUGUCACUGGAGAGUUCUCGGUCGAUGAACUCGGAUAGUAGCACCACCAAUUUCUCUCGACCUUUAGAGGGGACACAAUCACUCCGGCGACCAAAGCCUGUGCUCUCGAGAUUGGUCACUAAUUUUCAUUAAGGGAUGGCUUCGGCUGUCAAAUGGGACGGAU